AUGCCCGAGGUUUAUCUUGUUGUUGGCGGCAGUGGCCUUCUUGGGAGACACAUAGCUAAACAGCUACAUGACCGUGGCGACAAUGUUUCUGUUUUGGAUAUUGUGCAGCGUUACGAUGACAUUCCUUUCCACCAGGGAGACAUUUGCGAUGAAGCAACAGUACUCUCUGUAUUCAAAAAGUGUGGUACAACUUGUGUUAUACACUGCGCGUCCCCUCAAGCCAAAUCCGCCGCACCUGAGCUAUUCUGGAAGGUCAACGUUGGUGGCACAAACACGCUCAUUUCCACUUCCAUUCAGUGUGGCGUCAAUAAGUUUGUGUAUACCAGUUCCUCAGGUGUUGUUUUCGACGGUUCCGAUCUUCAAAACAUUGAUGAAAGUCAUCCGUAUACCCGAAGGGCACUCGAUGUUUACAUGGAUACGAAAAUACAAGCGGAGAAGAUUGUUCUUUCAGCAAAUGGCAAGGAUGGUCUCCUGACAGUAGUGCUGAGGCCAUCUGGCAUUUUUGGACCAGGAGAUCGCCAGCUUAUUGCGGGUUUAUAUAACACCUAUAUGACCGGUCGGACCCACAUUCAGAUAGGGAACAAUAAGAACCUUACUGACUGGACAGCAGUGGUAAAUGUUGCAGAUGCACACAUUCUUGCUGCUGAUCGGCUCAGCGCACCUGUCUCUCCUGAUACGCCUGUUGCUGGCCAAAUAUUCUUCAUUACCAAUGAUGAUCCUUGGUAUUUUUGGGACUUUACCAAUGGCAUCUGGAGUCGAUUAGAUGCAUAUUUUCCAGGGAAGAGGCAGAAGAGAAAGGUUACCAUUAUACCCCGGUGGCUCGGGAUGUGUCUGGGUGCAAUUUUUGAGUUCGAGGCAUGGAUUCGAGGGCGAAAACCCUCAAUGACUCGUUUCACUAUCACUUUCAGCUGUGCUGCGCGUUGGCAUAACAUUAGUAAAGCAAAAAGGGCACUAGGCUAUACACCUCAUGUUUCUGUGUCAAACGAGAUGGAUGAACUGGUGAAGUGGUGGAUGAGCUUGGAUGAGUCUGAGAGGGCAUAG